AUGGCCACCUUGUGGAGCUCCGUUGUGCACAGCUUCCUGCUGUCCUUCCUCCUCCUCCUCCAGCUGUCUUCUAGCUAUGCAGGACAGUUCAGAGUGAUAGGACCAGGACACCCCAUCCGGGCUCUGGUUGGGGAUGAAGCGGAAUUGCCAUGUCGCAUAUCUCCUGCCAAGAAUGCCACUGGCAUGGAGGUGGGAUGGUACCGUCCUCCCUUCUCUAGGGUGGUUCAUCUUUACCGAAAUGGCAAAGAUCAAGAUGCAGAACAGGCACCUGAAUAUCGAGGCCGGACAGAGCUGCUGAAAGAAACUAUUGGUGAAGGAAAGGUGACCCUGAGGAUCCGAAAUGUCAGGUUCUCGGAUGAAGGAGGAUUCACCUGUUUCUUUCGAGAUCAUUCUUACCAAGAGGAGACAGCAAUGGAACUGAAAGUGGAAGAUCCCUUCUACUGGAUCAACCCUGGAGUGCUGGUUCUCAUCGCCGUGUUGCCUGUGCUCCUCCUGCAGAUCACUGUAGGCCUUGUCUACCUCUUCCUGCAGCACAGACUGAGAGGAAAACUUCGAGCAGAAAUUGAGAAUCUGCACCGGACUUUUGAUCGUCACUUUCUGAGGGUACCCUGCUGGAAGAUAACCUUGUUUGUAAUCGUGCCUGUUCUGGGACCCCUGGUUGCCUUGAUCAUCUGCUACAACUGGCUACACAGAAGACUGGCAGGACAGUUUCUUGAAGAGCUAAGUAACAUCCACUAUUCAACAAUUACUACUUGA